AUGCACAUCAUAUCAUCAGGCGAGGGCGGUGGUGAGAAGAGAAUAGCCGGUGAAGACGCCGAUCUCAAUCGUCUUGCUGGCGUUCAUGAGCUUGAGCAACAGAGACAUGAACUGACCCUGUUCUGGCGGCACACUGAUGAAGCUCCUAAAACAAGGAAAAACAAAUUGAACUAUAGCUUUAGUAUUGUGGAUAUAUUGGACCAAUUCAGGAUCUUGUACGGUCUGACGAUAGGUGGAGGCAGAAAGGCAGCAUCACUUUGCGCUGUAAGUAUGAUCAAUGGGCCUCCAAUGCUGAUCAUGAUAACGGCAAUCGAUCUGGAUAGAGAAUCGUUUGCUAAUAUUGGCCUUCCAUUCAUCAAGGAGGCAGGAGUAGAGCACAAGAUCGACUUCCUUGAAGGAGACGCACUCCCACUUCUGGAUAAACUUUUGAAAGAGGGAGAAGAAGGAACCUACGAUUUUGCAUUCGUGGAUGCAGAUAAGCUGAACAAUGUGCAUUACCAUGAGCGCCUAAUGAAGCUGGUGAGAGUAGGUGGCCUGAUUGCAUAUGACAACACGCUCUGGUCGGGUUCGGUGACUGAACAGGAAAUGUUCUCCGUAUCGGAACCUGCAAAAGACCCUGAUCAAGAACGCUUUGAUCGAGUGCGGAGGCACACAGUGGAAUUCAACAAGUUUUUGGCCACCGAUCACCGAGUUGAUAUCUCGCAGGUUUGUAUCGCUGAUGGUGUGACUCUAUGCCUGCGCCUUUCUUGA